UCACAUCUGUUAUCACUGAUUGUGUUGGUGUUUACAGACCUAUACAUCAGAUACAUACCAUCUACCUGUGACGCAGCUCUGCACCAGUCAAAGUCGGUAAACCACGUGACCGCUGGCCACUUCUUUCCGGGAUCACAACAGCGGCUACGCCCACUAAAUUACUGUGCAGUUGUCUUCAUGUUUUCCCUGGAAGCAGCAGUUUAACCACGGUCUGAAAGUCUUCCAGGAUCAGACCCGAGCUGCCUGUCUGUCUCCCGCCGCUGUUGCGUCUCACAGGGACGAGUGUUUAGUUCAGACCAUGUCGAAGAAAGGAGGAAACCAUGGGUCCGAGUUCGAGGGGCUGGUGGAGGCGUCCAUCAUCCGGAUCCCGCCUCAUCAUUACAUCCAUGUUCUGGACCAGAACACCAACAUCGCCCGGGUGGAGAUCGGACCGCUCACCUACAUCCGCCAGGACAACGAGAGAGUGCUCUUCCCACCCGUUCGUAUGAUCAUGGUGCCGCCCCGUCACUACUGCGUUGUCCUCAACCCCGUGUCCCGCGACGACAACGGUCAGGUCCUCUUUGACCAAUCAGGUCAGGCCAAGCUCCGCCACGCCGACCUGGAGAUCCGUCUGACCCAGGACCCGUUCCCCCUGUACCCCGGAGAGGAGGUCCAGCAGGACGUGACGCCGCUGCAGAUCGUGUACCCGGACACGGCUCUGCGUCUGCAGGCGCUGCUGGACUUCGAGGAGGAGGGAGGAGACAAGAGGGUGGCCGGAGACGAGUGGCUGUUCGAAGGACCAGGGACCUACAUCCCCAGGAAGGAGGUGGCUGUGCUGGAGACCAUCAAGGCCACGGUGAUCCGAGAGAACCAGGCCAUCAGACUGAGAGCUCGCAAGGAGGGAGUGGACAGAGGAGGAGUCCGCCGGGUCACAGGUGAGGAGUGGCUGGUCAGUAAGGUGGGAGCGUAUCUCCCAGGAGCUCAUGAAGAAGUCAUUGACAUCGUGAACGCUUUCAUCCUGACUGACAAGAAAGCGCUUCACGUUCGCGCUCUGCGUCCCUUCAAAGACACCGGCGGGCGGGACCGUCGCACCGGGGAGGAGUGGCUGGUCACCAUGGCCGACAGGGAGGCUCACAUCCCCUCUGUGGCGGAGGAGGUGGUGGGGGUGGUGAAUGUGACCACUCUGAGCAGCAGGCAGUACUGUGUGGUCCAGGACCCGGUCGGACCCGACGGGAAGCCGCAGCUGGGCCAGAAGAGGGUGGUGAAGGGUGAGCGCUCGUUUUUCCUACAGCCCGGGGAGCACCUUGAACACGGCAUCCAGGACGUGUACGUGCUGUCGGAGGAGGAGGGUCUGGUGCUGAGAGCUGUGGAGGCGUUCAACGACACCGAGCAGUGCCUCUCUCCGAUCCCCUCUCCCCCUCCUCCCCCUCCUCCCCUUCCUCCCCCUCCUCCUCCUCCACUCCAAUGCAUCGCCACAUUCCGCUCUCUCUGCCAGCGCGAGGAGGAGGAGGAAGAGGAGGAGGAGCAGAUGCAGGAGAGGGCCAAGCGCUCUCGGAGGAGCGGGGUCCUCCGUCGCCCUGGAGACCGCUGGAUGCUGCGCGGCCCCAUCGAGUACGUCCCCCCCGCCACCGUGGAGGUGAUGCUGAGGCGCCAGGCCAUCCCGCUGGACGAGAACGAGGGGAUCUACGUCCGGGACAUCAAGACUGGAAAGGUGCGCGCUGUGAUUGGCCACACCUACAUGCUGACUCAGGAUGAGGAGCUGUGGCAGAAGGAGCUUCCUUCUAACGUGGAGGCGCUGCUGGCGUCUCCUCUCGACCCGCUGGCCAACCGCUCGGACCGCACCGCGACCGGAGACAGCCGGCCCCGGGACAAGACCCGGGUCGUGUCCUACAGGGUCCCCCACAACGCCGCAGUCCAGGUGUACGACUACCGGGAGAAGAAAGCCAGGGUGGUGUUCGGCCCAGAGAUGGUGAUGCUGGGACCUGACGAGCAGUUCACCGUGCUGUCGCUGUCCGGAGACAAACCCAAGAGAGCCAACGUCAUCAAGGCCGUCUGCCUCCUGCUGGGGCCCGACUUCUUCACCGACAUCAUCACCAUAGAGACGGCCGACCACGCCCGCCUGCAGCUGCAGCUGUCCUACAACUGGCACUUCGAUGUGAAGUCUCCAGUGGACUUUGCUGUUGCAGCCUCUCUCUUCUCAGUCCCGGACUUCGUGGGAGACGCCUGUAAAGCCAUCGCCUCCCGGGUCAGAGGAGCCGUCGCCUCCGUGCAGUUCGAUGAUUUCCACAAGAACUCGAACCGGAUCAUCUGCUCGGCGGUGUUUGGCUUCGACGAGAAGAUGGCGGUGCGUCCGAGUCUUCGCUUCAACCAGAACAACCUGGUGAUCAGCAGCGUGGACAUCCAGUCUGUGGAGCCCGUCGACCAGAGGACACGAGACGCCCUGCAGAAGAGCGUGCAGCUCGCCAUCGAGAUCACCACCAACUCCCAGGAGGCCGCCGCACGACACGAGGCGGAGCGUCUGGAGCAGGAGGCCCGGGGCAAGCUGGAGAGACAGAGGAUCACCGACCAGGCCGAGGCCGAGAGAGCCAGGAAGGAGCUGCUGGAGCUGGAGGCUCUCAGUGCUGCGGUGGAGAGCACAGGAGCUGCGAAGGCCGAGGCUCAGUCUCGGGCGGAGGCGGCUCGUAUCCAGGGGGAGGCGGCGGUCAACGAGGCCAAACUGAAGGCUGAGGCUCAGAGGAUCGAGGCGGAGGCGGAGCUGCAGCGGCUGGCGAAGGCUCGUGAGCAGGAGCUGGGCUACAAGAAGGAGAUGGACCGACUGGAGGUGGAGAAGCAGGAGCGUCUCGCUCAGAUCGAGAGUCAGAAGUUCGGUCAGCUGGUGGAGAGUCUGGGCAGCGACACGCUCAAGGAGAUGGCCAGAGCCGGGCCGGAGCUGCAGGUCAAGAUGCUCCAGGCUCUGGGGCUGAAGUCCACCCUCAUCACAGACGGGUCGUCGCCCAUCAACCUCUUCACCACAGCCAACGGCCUGCUGGGGGCGCUGCAGGGGCCGGGCCAGGGCCAGUGAAGUGGAGGAGAAGAAGCCAAUGAAGAAAUGUAAAUGUCCAAAAGUAAACCUCAACAGAUGCUGAUGACAUUGACGAUACUGUCGCCUGACACACACACAAACACUCCGGUCACAUGAGUUUCUGAGGCCGAUAUUAAAGCAAUUAAACAUCUGCAGAUAAAGAUUCACUUCAUGGGUUUGUUACAGAGCCACUAAAAUGUCCAUCUACACCUCUGCAGAGGUUGUAAGACUCAACUUUGAGUCAUCACCGUGUGGCGCUAUAAUAAAACCAGAGAGCGCAUCUUUAAUCUUUAAAAUCAACCUUUGCACAAAGUCUGGAGGUUCCCCCAGAUUUUAGGGGGAAAUAAAACGGCCUGGGACAAUCACUGUACAUGGAGAUUGAAACAUUACAUUCUGUCCAGUGUGUUAACAGCUUUACAAACAUAGAUGUUCAAUACAACAGUGAUUAUCAAACCUUUUACUGAGCAACUUUCAUUGUACGAGAAUUUGUUGUGGGUGACAGACUGUUUACAUGAUGGAUAUUUUAGGUGUGUAAAACACUUCUGGAAUCAACGUCCUGUUCAUUGAUGAGUUUCUGACACAAUGUCUGUAAAUAAUCUAAAACUCUGGCUGUACGUCAGCCUUUGUAAACCUGUGAAGAAGUCUCAUAUCAAGUUGACACAUUUAAUGUAAAACACCUUCCUCUUCACAACUCUGUUCCUCUUCUCAACAACACUGUGAUGACGAUGACACGUUAAAGCUUCCACUGACAAACUGACAAAAUCAAAUGAACUGCUUCCUGUUUAAUGAACUGUAAAUGUUUCUGCUGAGCUCCAGCGGAUGAAGUGAAGACAUGGAAUAGAACUCACCUGUAAUCACACGUACAUGACUUUAGGUGUGAUUACAGGUGAAACCUUCAACCAGAGGAGCUCAGUAGAACAGUCUUUAUCAGUCUGAUGUUGUGUUACUCUGUCAAGAUGCUGUUUCUUUAACUAUAGGUUCUGCUCUUAGGGGAACUGAGAUUCAGAGGUUUACUUUUGGACAGGACACUUGUGUCUGUGAAAAAAACUGUACUGCUAAGGAAGAAGAAUUGUGCCUACAAACAAACUUAAUAGUUUGCUUAGUUGUGUAACCUGACAACUGAAGAAUUCUGCAUCUGCUUUGCACUAUGUCCACUAAAAGUAGAAAUGCUGAAAUGCAGAAAAUGCUGAUGUUAACAUAUUCAAUAUUAAACAUUUCUGUUUCUGUGGAAAUGAAAUGAAUGUCGAUCUGCCUUCCUCUGCCUAAUAAAGUUCUGUUGUUACUGCAGAAAAAAACUGUGUGAAGCCAAUAAAGUGCUGUUGCGGAAAA